AUGGCUCCGUAUGAGGAUUUAUAUAGCAGGAAGUGUAGGUCUCUUGCCGGAUGGUUUGAAGUCGGAGAAGCAAGCUUAUUCGGGCCAGACCUUGUCCAUCAGGCUAUUGAAAAGGUGGCUUAUGAGUUAAGGCUGCCAUCAGAACUGCAAGCGGUUCAUCCAGUUUUUCAUAUGUCCAUGCUGAGGAAAUGUAUUGGAGAUCCCUCCAAAAUCAUACCUGUUGACGAUAUACAAGUUACAGAAAAUCUGACAUAUGAGGAAGAACCAAUUGCUAUUCUUGAUCGACAAGUCCGCAGACUCAGAAAUAAAGAGAUGGCUUCAAUAAAGGUUCUAUGGAGGAGUAAAGAUAGGGAAGAGAUGACGUGGGAAGCUGAAACGGAAAUGAAGUCCAAGUAUACCCAUUUAUUCCACCCACAGAUGAUACUAUUCCGGAGGAAUCUUUACAAGAUGUUGCUUUAUCCGCAAAUCACUUACAAGGUAAAAGUCAUAUUUAGUCCCUUGAGAAUCAUUGUGAUGGGAAAUAUCAUUCUAAUUACUGCAUAUUUAUAUGUCGUUGAGUACGGUAGACAUAUAAAUGGGAAGUUGUGA